GUAACACAUUAAUAUCCUAGAAAACAUAAUGAAGAGGAAGAGAACCAGAGAUUACAGUAAAGGAAGGUUAACUCAGAGGAAGAGCUCACAGGAGGUGACAGAGAGGAGGGGAAUGAAGAAGAUAGAUAGUAGUAGGAAUCAUGUGAAAUUUGAUUUUUCUCAUAUGAAAUGAAUAAGUCCUCAAAUGACUCAAAGGAAAUUGCCUUCUGUUAGUUUGAUACCCUCCAGAAAGCCAAAGAGUUGUAUGAAAUUGGCGAGUCCAAACACAGCUAAUUAUACAUCAGAAACAACCUCAAAUUUUUCAGACUCAUCAAAAAGACUGAUUCUUCCUCACAUAAAUAAGAAUGGCCAUACUUCUAAGUUUAAGCAGGUGCUAAACAUCGAUCAUGAUCUGUCAUUAUCAAAUGAGAUGGAAGAUUCUGACAGUGUUUCGAAUUUUUCAGAUUCUGUCAAUGAUAAUAUGAGCAAACCGAGUGAUAUUACUCAAAGGAGUAAAUUUGACAGUACUAGUCUCAAUAACAUGCUUAAAAACAAGAGUAAAGGAACCUCGGAAAUUCUCACCAUGAUAUUUAAUAACAACUAUGAUAAAAAUAAAAAGUCCAAGCUUACUGGGGCUUUGUCGCAGGAUAGGUAUAAGAGCAUUAGAGAUGCUCCAAAAGAAAAUGUAGUCACAAUGAGUUGAGAAGAAUUUUCAAGCUCUAGCUUUCCAUUUGAAAAGAAUUUGCUGAUCGAUAAAGACAAUAUGAAGGAAAUAGUCAAAAGGUCAACAAAGAAUCUGACCUAUUUCUCCCAUCUCGAAACAUCUAAUUCAACUCCACACAAACCCACCAAGUUCAAAACAAGUAAAACCUCUACAAAAUAUUCAUAAUCCUCCUAAAAAUUCCCACCCUAUCACCACGU